AUGCGGCGCUACUGGGUGCAGUCCAUCCAGCGCUGGAACAAGACGACAGACCUGCCGGUGCACAAGCGGGCCGACAAGGUCCUUCGAAGCUUGGGUUGGGAACUCCAAUCCGAGUUUGAGCACCUUCCCGAGAGCGUGCUUCAGUCCUCGGCAUACUUGGAUGUCAUCGUUGAGAUCAUGAACAACAAGGCUGGAGUUCGCGAAGAUGAUGAACGACGCCGAGCGUAUCGUUCGGCUAUCACGGACCUCCAACGCCAUCGUGACGAGAGUCUGGCCCAGUUUGCUGUGAGAAGGAUGAGAGACUUUGCUCAUGCCUCUCAAUACGGUGUGAUCAUUCCGGACCCCUUCAAGGCGACGCUUCUCCGUGAAGGUGCCGGACUGAAUGAUCAGAACCAGCAGAACUUGUCCACCCUCCUUCAAGGCCAAGAUGAGUGCCCUCAAGCGGUUGCUCGAGCCCUGAGCCGUCUGGACGUUCGUUCCGAUCGGAUGACUGGUUUUGCGGCAGGCGAAAACGCUCCCGAAGAGGACACGGGUUCCUAUCUCGGCCACAUCCCUGAGGAUGAAGAGUCGUUGGACGAGGAUGACAUUGCCCACGAGCUGGAGGCUUUGGACCUCACGGAGGACCAGGUGUUGGAAGUGUAUGCAGUGCUGGAUGCAAAGCGCCAACGUCCUCGCAGCUGGAAGGAGAACAAAGAGUUCAAGGCCGAGCUGAAGAAGGAUCGCGGGGCCUUCGUCAAGGGUGGCCCUGUCGGAGCGGGUGGCCGUGAGCGUCGCGGUGAACUUCAUCGCAGCGGCCGGACAAAGAUGAACAAGGAGCAGUUGAAGAAGAUCUCCAGGUGCCGCAUCUGCAUGAAGAAGGGUCAUUGGGCCGAAGACUGCGACGCCAACAAGAACAAGAAGCCGGUGGUGGCCUUUGCGUACAGCUCGUCCCUGCAGGGUGGUGCCUCGGCUUUCUCCUUCAUCACCUUCCAGGCUCUGUACGAGGCCGUGCGAGAAGUGCAGUUCAAGGAGGAUAAGAGUCUCCCGAGUUUUCUGACUCUGCCUUCAGGUGAAGCCAUUCUGGACACUGGUGCCACUCAAGACCUGAUCGGCGAGGUGGCUCUUCAAUCCAUUGGCAUUCAUUUAAAGUCCCUUGGCCUGAAGCACAUCGCAGUGGAUGCCCCGACUUCAGUACCUAUGGGUAUCGGCGGGGCUGCUGAGGUUACUGGAGUAGUGCUGCUUCCCAUCUCCCCCGGGGGUUGUCCCGGAGUUCUCGAGGUGACCGUGCUGAAGGGAGGGAUCCCUCCUCUGCUGAGCAUCGGGUUCAUGGACUUCCUGGGAACCUCCAUCGACUUGAAGAAGAACGAAGUCCAUUUUUCCUUGUUGGAUGUUAGUUUGCCUCUCAAGCGACUGGCGUCGGGGCACCGCACCCUGAACCUGUUUGACUGGGAGAAGAAUCGUAGUUUCCCCGUGCCUUCGGAACUGGUGAAGAAGUACCAGCUGUCCGAGGGUGACUUCAAUCUUGGAUCCUCCUCCGCGUACACAAAAGAAGCUGUUCACUCCGUGAGUCGAGAGUUGCAGCUUGGUAGCCAAGAAUCCAGUGAUGAGCUCAACAGAAAACUUGAGGAACAGAGAUUGAGUCAGAGCUUGGAAACUUCUGCCGCUCGACAUCGCCUAUGGGCAAUCGUUCACCUCGUGAAGCCAAAUUCGACGCCACCUCCCUUCCUACUCACGAUGGACUCUCGCCGGAGCCAGGGAGGUGCUGCAGCCUCGGCCGAGCGCUGGGAGGCUCUGAUGGGCCAUGUGAUGGAUCGGUGGGAGGUCAACCGCAGCAACUACAAGAGGCUGAUUCGGGCGGAGCUGACCGCCAAGAGCACGGCCAGCAAUCGGAAGAAGUACAUCGAGGCCGAGUGUCAGAUCGCAUCACGGGCCAACCAGUACGCCUCAUGGACGGUGUGCCUGCAGUGCAAUGCCAGGCUGACCUAUGCCUCCAAGAGUCGUCGCGGCACAGCUCCUUCGCAUCCGAAGGCAAAGGGAAGAGCCUUUCAGGCUCCUCCGGAACCCGGAUCACCGACGUCGGCCUUCCCGGAGAGCGGGUAUGCGACUACGAGUACGAUGGCAAGCACCCGGGCACAACAUCCGCUGGUGAGCAGCGGAUCUCAGGAGGCCAGCCUCAUCCUGGAGCAGGCCAUCAACUCCAUGAGCGUGCAGAACUCGCAGUUGGCAACGACUCUGGGCGAGAUCAACCACUCCCUCCAAGAGCUGGCUCGGGGACAGGGCCAGAUGAUCAUGAUGACUGCUGGAAUGGGAAACCCUCAUCAGGCGCCGGUCUAUCCCAUGAACAUCCCGCCGGGAACUCAGCAGACUCAGGGUCCGAUGAACCUGGACGCGGACUCCGACCUUUGGUCCAACACCGAGCCGGGAUGGGACCUGCAGACCGUGGCUGCCAGCCCGGAGAGCAACGAGACCACCUCUCCUCAGGAGAAUCCCAACGAGCAGUCUCCGGAUCGCGAGUGA